AUGGCAUCCUCUGCAAAUGGAAGCAUCGCCAAGAGGUGGCGCGAGCUCCAAGGCGACAACUCCUGGAAGGGCCUCCUGGACCCGCUGGAUAUGGACCUCCGCAAGUCCAUCAUCUCCUACGGCGAGCUCGCCGAGGCCACCUACGACGGGUUCAACACGGAGCGGCGGUCGCCGCACGCCGGCGCCUGCAUGUACGGCUACUCCGACCUGCUGGCCAGCUCGGGCGUGGCGGCGGCCGGCCACUACGAGGUCACCAGGUUCAUCUACGCCACGUCGGGGCAGCCCCUCCCCGACGCCUUCCUCCUGCGCCCGCUGGCGGCGCUCAAGGACGUGUGGUCCAGGGAGUCCAACUUCAUGGGCUACGUCGCCGUGGCCACCGACGAGGGCGCCGCCGCGCUGGGGAGGCGCGACAUCGUCGUCGCGUGGCGCGGCACCGUGCAGAGCCUGGGUGGGUCAACGACCUCGGCUUCACGCCCGUGCCCGCCGCGCCGCCACGCCGGCUCCAAGUUCAACAAGACUAGCGCCAGGGACCAGGUCUUCGAGGAGGUGAGGAGGCUGGUGGAGCUCUACAAGGACGAGGAGAUGAGCAUCACCAUCACCGGACACAGCCUCGGCGCGGCCAUCUCCAUCCUCAACGCCGUCGACAUCGUCAGCAACGGCGUGAACGUGCCCGGCGGCUCAUCAUCCACCAAUAAGCCACCGUGCCCGGUGACGGCCAUCGUGUUCGCGUGCCCGCACGUCGGCGACCGCUUCUUCAGGGCGGCCUUCCAAUCCUUCAAGGACCUCAAGGCUCUCCACGUGAAGAACGCCGGCGACGUCGUGCCAAUGUACCCGCCGCUGGCGUACGUGGACGUGGCCGUGACGUUGAACAUCAACACCGGUCGGUCGCCGUACCUCAAGUGGCCCGGCACGGUGCAGACGCUCCACAACCUCGAGUGCUACCUGCACGGCGUCGCCGGCGAGCAGGGCAGCGCCGGAGGGUUUAAGCUGGAGGUGGAGCGCGACGUGGCGCUGGUGAACAAGGGCGCCGACGCGCUCAAGGACGAGUACCCGGUGCCGGCGAGCUGGUGGGCGCCAAAGAUCAACAAGGGCAUGGUGAAGGAUGAUGCCGACGGCCAGUUGAUGCUCAACGACUUCCAGCAAAUCUAA